AUGACCAGAAAGAAGAAACAAAGAUUUGGCUCCGACUCCAACUUGACGGAUGACGAUGAGCAUCAAAUGGAUCUUAUCAAGAGAGUUUUAUAUGCGGACGAGUUUCGUAAUUUUUUGCAAAUUCCGAAUAUUCUGGCGGAGAUGAAAUUGAUGAAAGAAACAAUUUUGACAUUACAACAGGAGCUUGAAGAUCAGAAAAAGAAAGUGAAAGAAUUGGAAAUGGGUCAAAAAGAUUCAACUGGAUUGAAGAAAAAUACUGAGAAUUCUGCUGAAAUUAAAGAACGUAACCGGUCUAUAGGUGUGUCAAACAUUUCCGAAUAUGAGUCGAAAUUUGCGCAUGAAAGAAACGUGGCGGACGUGGCAAAUGUGAAUAUGGUCUUUCGGCACCUGGAUGCUAGUGCUCUUCCGGUAGCAAUCUACAGACUGGGGCAAUCACGAUCAGACGGGAAGCCUAGAUUAAUCAAAGUGGUGCUACCCUCCUCGGCUAGCCAGAAAGAAGUUUUAUCCAAAGCCCCAAGACUUUAA